CUCAGGGCUUGGCUCUAUGGAGAAGCGCUCCUCGGGUCAGGCUGCCUCUCCAUCCUCGGCAUUCAGCGGGGCUGGCGUCCGAAUGCAUUUCCUUCGGCUCUGCAAAGAGUCCUAGUGAACUUCCCAACCCCGGAGACUGAUCCAUCCAUCCUGCCUUGCAGGAAAGGGAACCCCUUAAACCUCAACACCCGCCUCGCCUCUCCGGACACUGCCACCGCGGAGGCGCUCAGAGCCGGAAGGGGACGCUUUGGGAAUGACCAUGCUCCACGGAGGGACGGAGCCGACCCCGAGCUUCUUCACACAGAGACUCCUCUACUAAAGCUCCAAAAAUUAAAAAAAAAAAUCGUAAUUGCCAGAAGACUCCUUAAAUAUAUAUAUUCGGGCCACUAACCUCACAUGCACAUGGAAUAAUGACUCUGGAUUCUGCAUUGUGAGCUGCUUUCCACACCCUGAGAUUCCCCUUUGCAUUAAUUUUUUUUCUUUGAAUUUGCAUCUCUUCAAGACACAAGAUUAAAAGCAAAUUUACGCUACAUUGGAUUUUAAAUCUCUUCCGUUCCUUUAUCCUCCGUCUUUCUUAUGUGGAUAUGCAAGCGAGAAGAGGACCCUGGAUAUUCCCAACAUGCUCUCUCCCUUAAUCUGUCCGCUUAGAGGUUUGGCUUCUACAAACCAAGAGAGUCGACAAGCUGAAGAUGAAGCCCAGCGCAGAGUGCUGUUCUCCCAAGUUCUGGUUGGUGUUGGCCGUCCUGGCCGUAUCUGGCAGCAAAGCCCGUUCCCAAAAGAGCCCCCCCAGCAUCGGCAUCGCUGUCAUCCUCGUGGGCACUUCAGACGAAGUGGCCAUAAAAGACGCCCACGAGAAAGAUGACUUCCAUCAUCUCUCGGUAGUUCCCCGGGUGGAGCUGGUGGCCAUGAACGAAACUGACCCAAAGAGCAUCAUCACCCGUAUCUGCGAUCUUAUGUCCGACCGGAAGAUCCAGGGGGUGGUGUUCGCUGAUGACACUGACCAGGAAGCCAUCGCCCAGAUCCUCGAUUUCAUUUCUGCUCAGACGCUCACCCCUAUCCUGGGCAUCCAUGGGGGUUCAUCUAUGAUAAUGGCAGAUAAGGAUGAAUCCUCCAUGUUCUUCCAGUUUGGCCCGUCCAUUGAACAGCAAGCUUCCGUCAUGCUCAAUAUCAUGGAAGAAUACGACUGGUACAUCUUUUCCAUUGUCACCACCUACUUCCCCGGCUACCAGGACUUUGUGAACAAGAUCCGCAGCACCAUUGAGAACAGUUUUGUAGGCUGGGAGCUGGAGGAAGUACUCCUGUUAGACAUGUCUCUGGACGACGGCGACUCGAAGAUCCAGAACCAGCUGAAGAAGUUGCAAAGCCCCAUCAUCCUCCUCUACUGCACGAAGGAAGAAGCUACCUACAUAUUUGAAGUAGCUAACUCGGUUGGACUGACCGGCUAUGGUUACACAUGGAUUGUGCCUAGUCUGGUGGCUGGGGAUACAGACACUGUGCCCGCCGAAUUUCCCACGGGGCUUAUCUCUGUGUCCUAUGACGAAUGGGACUAUGGCCUUCCUGCUAGGGUGAGAGAUGGGAUUGCCAUCAUCACCACCGCUGCUUCCGACAUGCUGUCCGAGCACAGUUUCAUCCCUGAGCCCAAGAGUAGCUGUUACAAUACCCACGAGAAGAGGAUCUACCAGUCUAACAUGCUGAAUAGGUAUCUGAUCAAUGUCACUUUCGAGGGGAGAAACCUGUCCUUCAGUGAAGAUGGCUAUCAGAUGCACCCGAAGCUGGUGAUAAUCCUUCUGAACAAGGAGAGGAAGUGGGAGAGGGUGGGGAAAUGGAAAGACAAGUCCCUGCAGAUGAAAUAUUACGUGUGGCCUCGAAUGUGCCCUGAAACCGAAGAGCAGGAGGAUGACCAUCUGAGCAUUGUGACCUUGGAGGAGGCGCCGUUUGUCAUUGUGGAAAGUGUGGACCCUCUCAGUGGAACCUGCAUGAGGAACACGGUGCCGUGCCAGAAGCGCAUCAUCUCUGAGAAUAAAACAGAUGAAGAGCCAGGCUACAUCAAAAAAUGCUGCAAGGGCUUCUGUAUUGAUAUCCUGAAGAAAAUUUCUAAGUCUGUGAAGUUCACCUAUGACCUUUACCUGGUGACCAAUGGCAAGCAUGGGAAGAAGAUCAACGGGACCUGGAAUGGCAUGAUUGGUGAGGUGGUCAUGAAGAGGGCCUACAUGGCAGUGGGGUCACUAACUAUCAAUGAAGAGCGAUCAGAGGUGGUCGAUUUCUCUGUGCCCUUCAUAGAGACUGGCAUCAGUGUCAUGGUAUCACGCAGCAAUGGGACCGUGUCGCCUUCUGCCUUCUUAGAGCCGUUCAGCGCUGACGUGUGGGUGAUGAUGUUUGUGAUGCUCCUCAUUGUCUCUGCCGUGGCUGUCUUUGUCUUCGAGUACUUCAGCCCUGUGGGUUACAACAGGUGCCUAGCUGAUGGCAGAGAGCCAGGCGGCCCAUCUUUCACCAUUGGCAAAGCAAUUUGGUUACUCUGGGGUCUGGUGUUCAACAACUCCGUCCCUGUGCAGAACCCAAAGGGGACCACCUCCAAGAUCAUGGUGUCAGUGUGGGCCUUCUUUGCUGUCAUUUUCCUGGCCAGCUACACUGCCAACUUAGCAGCCUUCAUGAUCCAAGAGGAGUAUGUGGACCAGGUUUCUGGCCUGAGCGACAAGAAGUUCCAGAGACCUAAUGACUUUUCACCCCCUUUCCGCUUUGGGACUGUGCCCAAUGGCAGCACAGAGAGGAAUAUCCGCAAUAACUAUGCAGAAAUGCAUGCCUACAUGGGAAAGUUCAACCAAAGGGGUGUAGAUGAUGCAUUGCUCUCCCUGAAAACAGGGAAGCUUGAUGCUUUCAUCUACGAUGCAGCAGUGCUCAACUACAUGGCCGGAAGAGAUGAAGGCUGCAAGCUGGUGACCAUUGGCAGCGGCAAGGUCUUUGCGUCCACCGGCUAUGGCAUUGCUAUCCAGAAAGAUUCCGGGUGGAAGCGUCAGGUGGACCUUGCUAUUCUGCAGCUGUUUGGAGACGGGGAGAUGGAAGAACUGGAAGCUCUCUGGCUCACUGGCAUUUGCCACAAUGAGAAGAACGAGGUUAUGAGCAGCCAGCUGGACAUUGACAACAUGGCAGGCGUCUUCUAUAUGUUGGGGGCAGCCAUGGCUCUCAGCCUCAUCACCUUCAUCUGUGAACAUCUGUUCUAUUGGCAGUUCCGGCAUUGUUUCAUGGGUGUCUGUUCUGGCAAGCCUGGCAUGGUCUUCUCCAUCAGCAGAGGUAUCUACAGCUGCAUCCAUGGAGUAGCUAUAGAGGAGCGCCAGUCUGCGAUGAACUCCCCCACCGCUACCAUGAACAACACACACUCCAACAUCCUGCGCUUGCUCCGCACAGCCAAGAACAUGGCCAACCUGUCUGGAGUAAACGGCUCCCCUCAGAGUGCCCUGGACUUCAUCCGUCGCGAGUCCUCCGUCUACGACAUCUCUGAGCACCGCCGCAGCUUCACCCAUUCGGAUUGUAAGUCUUACAACAACCCGCCCUGUGAGGAAAACCUGUUCAGCGACUACAUCAGUGAGGUAGAGAGGACAUUUGGCAACCUGCAGCUGAAGGACAGCAACGUGUACCAGGACCACUAUCACCAUCACCACCGGCCACACAGCAUCGGCAGCACCAGCUCCAUUGAUGGGCUGUACGACUGUGACAACCCACCUUUCACCACCCAACCCAGGUCAAUCAGCAAGAAACCCCUGGACAUCGGCCUGCCUUCCUCCAAACACAGCCAGCUCAGCGACCUGUACGGCAAGUUCUCCUUCAAGAGCGACCGCUACAGUGGCCAUGAUGACUUGAUUCGAUCGGAUGUCUCAGACAUCUCCACGCACACUGUCACCUAUGGGAACAUCGAGGGCAAUGCAGCUAAGAGGCGGAAGCAGCAGUACAAGGACAGUCUGAAGAAGCGGCCGGCCUCGGCCAAGUCGAGGAGGGAGUUUGAUGAAAUCGAGCUGGCCUAUCGUCGCCGCCCACCCCGCUCCCCAGACCACAAGCGCUACUUCAGGGACAAAGAAGGGCUCCGAGACUUCUACCUGGACCAGUUCCGAACAAAGGAGAACUCGCCUCACUGGGAGCAUGUGGACUUGACCGAUAUUUACAAAGAACGUAGUGACGACUUCAAGCGAGAUUCGGUCAGUGGAGGUGGGCCCUGUACCAACAGGUCUCACCUCAAACAUGGAACAGGCGAUAAACAUGGCGUGGUAGGUGGGGUGCCAGCUCCUUGGGAGAAGAAUCUGACCAAUGUGGAUUGGGAGGAGCGGUCUGGGGGCAACUUCUGCCGCAGCUGUCCCUCCAAGCUGCACAACUAUUCCUCUACGGUGGCAGGGCAGAACUCGGGCCGGCAGGCCUGCAUCAGGUGUGAGGCCUGCAAGAAGGCUGGGAACCUGUAUGACAUCAGCGAGGACAACUCCUUGCAGGAACUGGACCAGCCGGCUGCCCCUGUGGCUGUGACAUCCAAUGCCUCUUCCACCAAGUACCCUCAAAGCCCGACUAAUUCCAAGGCCCAGAAGAAGAACCGAAACAAGCUACGCCGGCAGCACUCCUACGACACCUUCGUGGACCUGCAGAAGGAGGAGGCCGCCUUGGCCCCACGCAGCGUGAGCCUGAAAGACAAGGGCCGAUUCAUGGAUGGCAGCCCCUACGCCCACAUGUUUGAGAUGCCAGCUGGUGAGAGUUCCUUUGCCAACAACAAGUCCUCAGUGCCCACUGCCGGACACCACCACAACAACCCUGGCAGCGGCUACAUGCUCAGCAAGUCGCUCUACCCUGACCGGGUCACGCAAAACCCUUUCAUCCCCACUUUUGGGGAUGACCAGUGCUUGCUUCACGGCAGCAAAUCCUACUUCUUCAGGCAGCCCACGGUGGCAGGGGCAUCGAAAACAAGGCCGGACUUCCGGGCCCUUGUCACCAAUAAGCCAGUGGUGUCGGCCCUUCAUGGGGCUGUGCCUGGUCGUUUCCAGAAGGACAUUUGUAUAGGGAACCAGUCCAACCCCUGUGUGCCUAACAACAAAAACCCCAGGGCUUUCAAUGGCUCCAGCAAUGGACAUGUUUAUGAGAAACUUUCUAGUAUUGAGUCUGAUGUCUGAGUGAGGGAAGAGAGACAGGUUAAGGUGGGUACGGGAGGGGUAGGGCUGUGGGCCGCGUGGUGAGCACGUCCUGGAAAGAGUCGGGGGGUGAACUUGGCUCCCAUUCGCUUUUUCUUGUUCUUUUCAUUUCUCUAUGGGAUCCUGGAGUUCUGGUUCCUACUGAAGGCAGCCCUCGUGGCAGGCCCCAUUUCUCCUCCCCCCGCAGGUCUCUUCUCCCCGCAUCUGUCCACCACUCCUAUAGCCAUGAGAGGAUAGAACUGGCCUCAGCGUGGGAGGACAAAGAGGAGAAGAGACAGGAAAUGCUUGCUGCCUCUGGGGCUUCUUCCUAGUGCGGAAGUACUCUGAGGCCUGAGAGGGAGGCUUUCCUGAAACUGCUCUUUUUUCGGGCGAGGAAGUGAAGGCAACAUAAGGAAGGCCCUUUGGCCUCCCGCUCAUAAGAGAGAAGGGGCUUUUUGCCAAAUUCUUGCAGUGUGGUUGGUGGUUGCCUAGGGACCCUGUAAGCAGCAGAGGGCAGGAAGUGAUUCUGUGCUUAUAUAUAAGCCAAAUAAAAAGUUUGCCUCAGCCCCAUAAAACUGCGGUGGCGAACCAAGGGAGAAGGCCAUUGGCAGACGAGGGAUUCCUGAGCAAAUUGGGAUGUUCACUGUAAUAGUGCCCUAUGGUUCACUGGAGGCAAGAAUAGAGAAUUCUGUGUCCCUGUACACCUGUACCCGCAUAUGGUCAGCUGCCUCUAGGUAAAGAGGGGGGAACCUUGGCUCACUUGCCUUCUUCCACAGGCUUAAGGAAUGUGCUUGUUUUGGCUUAUAUAUAAACCAAUGCCACAGGUUACCAGGAUUUGGGCUAGCUCUCCCUUUUCCCUUCUUUAGAGAGGAUGGAGGUUCUUGACAAAGAAGAUUCUCUACUGUAGGAAAAAAAUGACAAGAGAAAGUGAAAGGGACCGAGACAACCCUACAGGCUAGUAUGUCAGUGUUGUCUAUAGUUAUUAUAGCUUAGGCAGAGAAUUUGCCAGUAAAGCAUAAGGGAAACAGAAGCAGCCAUGAAUGUUUUAUCCAAUCUCAGAGCAAAAGGUUCUAGAAAACUCUUUUAGGCAUUUAGCUCCUUGACCGGCUAAUGUUUGAGGAAGGACUCUCCACAGAAUGUUUUGAAGAAGAGAAUCAUUUACAGUAGGGUAAGUGAGAGAGGGGGAUGUUUUCAAUGCUUUGAUCCCUUCUUACUUAACCUAGAGCUAAAAGGGUAGGCAAAUCCCUCCAAAGCCGGCGAUAAGUGACAGGGGACAGGCGGAGGAGAGAAACGAGCUUGCCCUCCAGGGCACAGCUCUGGAAGCCAGAGAGAACGAAAGAGAUUUGGAAUAUGACUUGAACUAACGUAAACACUCCUGAAAGAACCCUUCCUCUUCCACAACCCCCAGUUCCCUCUGAUUGUACCACUCAACAGUAAGUGUGUGUGUGUGCGUGCACGAGCAUGUGUAUGUGUGUACAUGUGUGCGUGUGUGUGUGUGUGUGUGUGUGUGUGUGUAUGCGCGUGUGUAAAACUCCAGGUCCGGGGAUGGGGGUGCUGGCAGGAGUGAUGCCCCCUCGCUUGAAGUUGGAAAUUGAAGAAGGGAAAUGAAUAUUUGUGUCGCUGCCUGUCCUGAAACUUGGGGUAGGGGUGUUCUAUGGGUCAGUUCCACUGUCCUGCCGUCCCCUCACACAGAAUGGCAUCCAAAGAGCCUGGGUUUGUUUGGAAGCGUGACUACAGAAUCGCCUUGUCGCACACAGGACACAUAAACCAGAAAGGUGCUCACCUUCCUCUGGAACGAAGCCGCCAUGUCUCUUCACGUCACACCCUCCAGGGCUGCUCUUUGCCUUCCUGGUUGCCCUGCCUCACGACCCUCCCUCAUCUUCCAUCCUCGACUGCUGUCUCCUACCUUCCUCCUUGAUUUUUACCUCAGUAUCUUUCAUUUAAAGCCAACCGAAGGCCUUGUUUUCUUUCUAAGAUGAACGUGGGGGCAAGGGGCUGAACCUCUCAACAGUUUGGAGAGAGGAGCGUGGAGUGCUUUACUUUAGGUUCCAGGAAAGACUCUGAGAGAGGUCAGAGGGCGUGAGGCGACUCCCGGAGGAAGGAGAAGGGCCAUAGAAACAUUGCUUCGCUCUGGCUCUGUCCAAGGGCCAGGGGCUCACCCCUCACUCUUCCUCUUACCUCACCCCUUUAAGACUGAAAAAAGAAAAAAAAAGCAAACCAACUAACCUAGCGAACAGCAAUCUAGAAAACAGGGGGCUCUGAUGGUCUCCACGGGCCACAGAAAUCAAGAUGGUGUUUAUUUCAUAUGUAAAUAUUUUGUUUUCUAAUUAAUUUUGUAUAGAUAAAGUGGUCUCCUGUGAGUAUUCAGGGUGUUCAGCUGGAGGGAGUGGGGUGGGGAUGGGAAUGAGGGGGAAUUAUUUUGUUAUGGGUUUUCAUUUUCUGUUGGGAGGAAUUGUUUGUUAUGGCCUUUGCUUCGGAGUGUCUGGGAAAAGUUCAUGGGAACAGAAGCCACAAUGGUGAACAAGCCAGGGGAAAGUCAUUUCUGUCCAUGCCCCGCCUCCAAAACCUGUCUUCCUGCUGGUUUUUGAGAAGUGAUCUUGCACUUUGGCCUGAGUUUUGCAGGGUCCAAACCAGCACUAAGCAAAACUUGGUCUGACUCUUGUCUUCUAGGGAGACCAGGAAAUUAUGACUCUGUCAAAGACAAACUGGUGGCAUCCGAUUUUUCCUUGUCCGUACCUGGGCUUGCAAAGGUUCCCCAAAGGGCUUGAAAAAAAAUUGAGGUCUACUUACCUCCCAUUCUUGGCGUGACUGAGAGGUUUCUGGAACCUGGAUUCUGAGAAUUCUCACAGCAGCCUUCUCUGAUUUCUAACCGUCACCCUACCACUCUGACAUGUCAUGCUCUCGUACCUGACCAUCCCAUCCCCCAUCUGUGUGCACCUAUAGAAAGGACCACUUCAGGCACACCCAAGAAAUGUCCAUUCUUCCUCCUUCGGCAUCAUAUGGUUUGAGGCUGUACAAGGACAGCAAUGGAUACAGGGGUCUUACAGAUUUACAUGCCUUUCUAGGAACAUCACCCAAUCCCCUCAAAACUCAUUAGCCUAGUAAAGUAAUAGCUAAAAUUAGUUUCAGAGGUGGGAAGGAGGUCAUGUGAGGGACAGUACCAAUGGCGACUUUAUAGUUGCCUUGUUCUCGUUACUGCCAUCAGGAGGGUGCUACUUUGUUCGAGUUAGGUGUCGCAAAUCUGAUUCGAUAUUAACCAGACAAAUAAAAUCUCUUUCACUGGGUUUUGGCUUUGUGAAAGAUAGCAGCCUCUCUCUCUCUCUCUCUCUCUCUCUCUCUCUCUCUCUCUCUCUCUCUCUCUCUCUCUCUGUCUGUCUCUCUCUCUCUCUCUCUCUCUCUCUCUCUCUCUCUCUCUCUCUCUCUCUCCCUCUCUCAUUUCUAAAUUGAUAUGCCCAGCAUACUGCCCUUCCCCUCUAUUCUCCAGCCAUCAGAGGCUGCCAGUGAGAUAAUUUAACUGUCCUAAACCCCUUAUUUGGCCUCAGUUGAUUUCUCCAACUGGAUUCUUGAAUUGGGACCAAAGUAAGAUAUUCAUGGCCUGCUCUAAAAAGAAUAAGGAAAUGAAGUCUGCCCAGUUUUCUAUGUGAAAUUCCCCAGUAGCAAGUCAGUUGGAUACAUAAGGAAGAAUUUCGAAGCUGUUCCCAUCUCCAUCCCUGAUGGAUAUAGACCAAGACCCAAUCCAUCCAAAACUGUGAGGUUCUGCAGAGCCCCGAGGAGCAUCUUGUGUUCCGUGGUGUCCUUCAGAAUCCAUGCUUUCUCUCACAAGUGCUCUCUCCCAUUGUGAAAGUGGGUUGAUGGAUGUGGUCCCACAUCACUCCUCCUAGUGGCGAUGCUGACACUUCAGUAUGCUCAGUGACCUCAACAAUCUGAUCCUUGAAUUUGCCUGAGCGAUGUGCACACCCUUUCAGAGUGCCGCAUGUACAGUGGACCUUGUUAUUCCCGAGUUGUCACUGUCUAUCCUCAGCCAGAGCUUGGGAAGCACCCUCUGUGUGUAUUCCCUGGGACUGGCCACAGCCAUUUUGUGAUUGGGGACAAAAAAUCCCAGAUGAUCCCAUUAAAUGUUGGUGGUGUCAGCAGUGCCCAAACGCAUGUGUAAAAUAGGAGUCCUCUAUACAGUGACGUGAAUAUCACUUGCCCAGUCUUCCAUGGCCAUCGGGAAUUGCCCCAGGAAGAAUUCUCUGCAGAGUGCUGGUCACCUGCACCUCUCAUUUGAGAGCUAGGGUUUCUUUUGUUCUUUCUUUCUUCUUUCUUUCAUUCUUUCUUUCUUUCAUUAGUUCAAGAUUAAGGGAAAGAUUAAUGUUUGGGCAAAAGCCUUUGGGAAAGUUAUUCCUAAACUCACUUUUUUUUCUUUAAAUCACCAUCUCUGAAAAGGCCCUGUCCUUGCUUGGCACCCUGUGUGUGUCUGUUUUGGUGUGCUAGGAAUGAUUCAGGUGUGUGCAUAAAUGAUAUAAUGGCAGUUUACUGGUGAAUGUGUUCGGUGUUUCUGGGCAUUGUGGCCAUACUAUAUGUUCCCAAAGCCAUAUAGAAAAUGUGUGAUCUUGGGGCUGCUGAAACACUAUGGCAUUGCUGCCUUUGCUUUCUUCGCCUUCUUGCUGCCUAAGGAUUCUUUAGGGGCAAGAAGCACCCUGAGGAGGUCAGUCAUACUGGGGUGGCUCUGGCCUUACCAAUGGCAGAUGACCCGUGGCUCGCUUCCAAGAUCCUGAAAGAGCCUGCCAAUUGUUGACUUCCCAGGCAGAUUUACUCCAUUAGGGCUGAGCUGUUCGUCUGCUGUUGAAAUGGAAGCAUUCCCAGGAAGAGUGACAUACUAAGCCAUAUUAGGGAUUUGUACAUUUAAACACCUAAUCUACAUUAGGAUUUUCAUUCCUUUUUCUGGGAAUAAGCGACCGUAAGCCAGCAAGAGAAAGCAACGGGCGCAUCAUGGAGCAACAGAGCAGGGAGAAAGGAUAACGGGUCCAGAAAACAAGUCAUUUAAGCCAUGCUUCAUCUCUACCUGUUUAGUUAAGGCCCAUGGGGACCCUGCAUUAGAAGUUCUACCUGGGAUCUAUUUUCAGCACACAGUCAAGUACACAGUUUGGAGAUAGCUACAUUCUACACCACAUAGGGCAGGUGAGAAUUGUGACCUGGAGAACAGAAGACAGUCGCCUUUCCUCAAAUGCAAGAUAACGAGUCGAGGGCUGCAAGGAAAAAUGUUCAAUCGCAUUUAGUAUACAAUCUGUUAGUAUAUUAUAAAAACCACGCAUUAUCUCUUCUCUGCUCUACAUCAAAUAAUCUGCCAGUUAACUAAUUUGCCUGCAUUCUAAACGUCCUUAGUUCCCUUCCCCAUAUUCUCUGUGAAGGAACCAGUUGACCCUCAGGUACUAUUUAACCCGUGGGCCUACGAUAUGGUUGGGUCAAUGUUAAAAUGCUCGUUUGUCAUUCUGAGAGCUUUGAAUGUUGAUCUAGGUCUAGAAUUCCACCUAGUGUGGGGAGGUCGCCACCUGUAAGGUCCCAAACUGGAUGAACACAUCCUACCCCUCACCCAGUAUCACCACACAAGGCCCUUGUGGGUUCCAUGGCUUGACACGGAAACUAUCUACUCCCACAACAAAGCAGCUGUCAAAGCCUUGAAUGAAAGGCAUUGCUUUUCCCAUGCCUUGAAGAGACUCGUGAAGUUCCAGUUCUCUAGGUUGUACAGAAGAGAGGAGAAAGAGCUUUGCUCGGAGAGUAUUUGGUGGUCCUAGCAAUGCCAGCAAUGGGUGGAAAAUACUGGGAAUCUGAUGCGUUUCUCUGCCACAGUGUCCUUGUUCAGUGACAUCAGAGCUAAUCAUUGUGAGCUGCUGGUGAUGUCCAUAUCUUGCAUCUGCUGGUGUGACUGGGGCUGGUGGUGCUAUUGAGGACUGAGAAUGGGAAGGAGAAUAGAUGGUAGAGCUGCUCACAGCCUUGCGAUGCUGGUGUAUGGAGUUUUCCACAGCCUUGGGAUGCUGGUUUAUACCAUCUGUCUUGGCGAAAGUGAAAGGGCCCUUGGUGCAAGGAUCACGUUACAAUGAAGAAGCACAAUUCUGAGCCCAUCACAAAACCAUUAUUUUAAAGCUAUGCCUUCCAACUUGAACUUUGUUUAUCAAUUAAUAAUUAUUUUAAGCUUGUGAUUUAAAGAGUGGUUCAGAAAAAAAUAAAGUAAGAAGCUCUACAUAAAUAUGUUAGUUCAACUAAACCAAUGUCUGUUGAGCAUUUACUAUGUCCUUGGGCUAAUGCUGAGAAAUAUAGAAAAGAUUUUAAAAUGGAGUAUGUUAUACUCAUGUAGCAUAUGCAAAUGCAUAAGUAUAAAAUAUUUAAAUGUGUAUAAAAUAGGUGUGCAUAAAUUUCUGUGAUUUGACAUGCAGGUUUAAUAUGUUCUGGUUUCAGGGUUUGAGUCAAAGGUAUCCAUUAUGUUACUGAAGAAUACCACAGACAUCCAAAUCUCCACAUCAUAGUUGAGCCUGGUCACUUCUGGGAUUAUCACACAUUCUAAGCUAAGGCUCAGAGAUUCCCUCUCGGGUAACAACCAUGCACUUUCCUCACUCAUCUUUGGCAACGUCACACCCGAGUACUCUUUGUCCUGUGCACCAAACUCCCCUUUGCAAUCUUUUGGGGUCCUCUCCAGACAACAGGACUUCUCCCUGCGGCACCUUCCCUUCCUUCCGCACAGCUGACCGCGUUCCUCUCAAAACACAAUCUGGCAGCCAUCUGUAAGGACAAAUCUUUCCAUUCAGUUAGACCUUUGAAUCCCCAUCUAUCUCUGUUUAUCUUUGCUCUCCCAGCCUUCUAGGACAGAUAGCCGUUCUUCACAUGCACACCCAAUGCUUACACAGCUCUGCAAUGAGUCUGUAAUUCACUACUCACCUACAAACUCCAACAGCAAUGUUUCAAUGAGCAUCUUGCUACAACCCAACAGCGUUUUCGUUUUCCCUGUUAUUCGCCCUUAGGUGUCCUCCUUUGGGAAGUGGUGUGUUCUGAUUUGCAUCUUAGCUCUCAGGUCUCCUAUGACCUCACUGGUUUCUGUUUUUGCUCAGCCUUGAUUUGGUCUGCGUUCCAAGUAUGGUUCUCCAUGUUAACUCCUCAUGAUCUUUCCGACUUCCACUGUAUCUCUGGUUCUGAGUGAAGAUGAAUUUCAAAUCUUCUCUCUUAGACCCUAAUUUUCUCUUCAGUGUAAUGCACAUAUUUCUGAUCACCUCACUUCAGAUUGACACAAAUACCCAGAUCUACACCUACAAAUCAGCACAAUAGUGUGCAGGUUCUCCUGGCUUAGUGGUUUCAUUGGUCACCUGUCGCCACACUAAAGUUUUGCCAGGAAUUUUUGCCUCUUUCAUGUCACUGAUUUUGCAAGUAUAAUCGUUUGGAAAACCUAUUGAUUCUCACUCAAAAGUUUUCCCACCUCCCUUUCCUUUCAGGCCCUUCCCUCCCGUUGAUUAUUUCAGUGUUGUAUAGCAUUGUCCCAGGAAUUCAUGUUUUGGUCUACUCUCACCAGUUUGUGCGUCCUGACCAUAUUUAUUUCAUGUCGUCCUUAACCCUGGACGAUAAGCCUUUAAAGAGCUCCCCUUGACACGGUUUUCCAGCAGGCUGCACCUUAGUUUGUGUGCUCUUUUUCACGGGACAGUUCAAUUACAUAGCUGUCCCUUAACAUUCCUUAGUCAUCUAGAUUUACUUGUAUCUUAAACUUCUCUCUUUUCCCAAAAUGUCCUGCUCCCAACUCUUACCUCCCAGCUGUCUUGCAUAAUCCACUCCCUCUCUACAAGUCUUCAAAGACAAUAACACAACAACAGCAUCUGUUUCCCCUCACAAUCUGUGCAGAAAAACAGAGACAUAUUAUGAAUGUCCAUGACAUUUUAAUUUUCUCUCCUGGGUGGCAACCAUCAGAGACCAACUUCAUAAUUGUUUGAGUGUACAUAUUGUCUUCCCUGCUAGAUUCUAACCAGGUCAUGGCUGAGUAUUCUGAGUAUGCCCUUGUCUUAAUGAUGUUUCUUUUCUCGCCCUUUCUGAUGCUUUAUGACAUUGAGUUAUUGAACACAAUACCUCUUGACAUAUAGCUCAAGUAAAAAUACAUCAAAAUUUCAAUGACUUGGUUCAGGGAGAGUUUUAGUGUCUCAACUCCUCUUUUCUCUGUAACUGUGGUUGGACUCAUUACCCUAGAGAAGACAGUAUCACUUCUGGCCUGAUGCUGUUCUUGUUCUCUAUUCCUUAUGUAGUCUUCACUGUUUCUCUCGGUUCCUUAGAUCUACUUAACAAAUCUCACCUAUUUAUUUGGGUUAGUGAUUAUCUCUGUCUCUGGAGAAAGUCUUGGGGCUGGUCCUGUCCUCUUACCUGAGUUGCUCUGGUACCAGCUAAUGCUCUCUUCCUUUCUCCUGGCCAGCCUCCUCUAUAAAUCUAAUGAUGGCAUCGGUCAUGAAUUAUUCUCCUUUGGGAAGCAUCUUCUGCCACUGAGUGCUAAUUUAAAGCAUACUGUAGUGAACCCAACUCGAAUACGUUACAGGCGGUGACAAGCCUGCUUUUCAAAACAGCAGGCAGAGUUCAUUCUUCAUCAAGACAGGAAGGGGUAGAAAGAUUAUUAUUAUUGGCAAGCUGGAAUGAAACUUGUGACAAUUUAGGAAGUAUUUAGUAAAAAAAUGUUAAGUCUAAAGGGAUAGGUUUUUUUCAGUUUUAAUAGUUUUAAUUGCUGUACAUAGUAUUGAUCCUAGCAAUAGGGAUAAUUAACAUUGGAGAACAAACAAAAUUCCAUCUCAUGAUAUUGAGACGCUUGUUUUAAGCCAUGAAACAGACUGGCACUGGCUAAUGGACAUGUGGAGAGGCAGCUGUUCUCUCAAAGAAGGCAUCUAUGAACUUCUGUUGGGCCAAUGAAUGGACCAACAUUACAGGCAGUUUUAUAUGAUUAUUUUAUAUCUUGUUCUAUUCUGUGUUUUACUUUACCAGUACCUGUAUAGGAUGAUAAAGUCAAAGAGAAAGAGGCCCAUAAUAGGACUUCCCUUCGUGUCACAAGUAGAGCUGGGGACCUGUUGGUCCCUGGCUUUGAGGGUCCCUUCAGGAAGUAGAGAACUCCCAAAGGACCUUACUUGAGGCUGAUGGCUUCUCACAGGCCCAUUCCUUUGGCCACAGACAAUUUGCAAAAACACUGGAGAAUGAUUUCCAGCUGUCUUUCAGAUGAGGAGAGAAUUGUCCUUGGUUGUAACCUGAGAGACAGAAGCAAGGCCAGUUAAAAAUGAGGGACAUUACAAAGAAUUUUCCAAGGGCCCAUUCCAAAGUGUCUGGGGACUUUAGGCUGUUUGAUUACAAGCCAGAAAUGCCAGGGAAGGUGUCCAGAAAGAACGCUGACCCUGAAGUAAGGAAGCUGGACCCAGUUUCAUCUAUGAGAACCUAAAUACUUAAGGGAAGUCUUGUCACACAUCAUUCCUUAGCAUCCUAGACCUUUGGAUGACAUCCAGAGAGCUGUUGAUCGCCAACCACCCUGGGCACAGAGGGCACAGCUUGUCCUACCAGCCUAGCUGUAGAAUGGUAACCUUUAUGAGCCCGCCUCCCCUCUGUAGGAGGAGGCUCACAGUGUUGGCAACUGACAGACUAGAACUGCAGGGAACGUGGUCACAGGGACAUGAAACUGUGCAGGGGCCUGCUUCCUUCAGAUAAUGACAUGACUUAUUUCCCAAAGGCAUUCUUUCUUCUUUAAAAACAAAGCAAGCAAGCAAACAAACAAACACAAGCUAUGUCUUCCUGAAGCCUCCAAAUAGUCUAUGUAGCUGCCAUUGCCACAUUUUAAUUGUGAUUAUUUAAUUAAUUAUUAUCAAUCACCAUUUUCUUUUGAAAUCAGGGCUAUGUUAACGUUGCUAUAAGAAGCAUUGGCAAGCAAGAGAAUUUGUUACUUUGUUGUCUCGGUCUGAGUUGUAUUUUCAGUCUUAUAAAUCAGCUUCAUGUUCUUCACACAGUUGCUUGUAAUUCAUUGACCCCUUUACCAUUACUAUUCUCCCAUUUGUGUGUCUACCCACCACCUCGCAAACACACACACACACACACACACAUAUAUGCACAUGCACACACAUACAUACACGAUAUCAUGAUGAGAAGUUGAGAUACAUACAGAACAUUCAUGUACACGUGAUAUUUAAUUUUUCUAAACAGGAGCUGUGCCAGUAUAGUUCUACUAACAUCCUCACCCUGUACAGAGAUGGCCAAGAUGUACAUAACUUAGCAUCUUGGACAAGAGGAGGAAAAUCAUUUUGUUACAGACUUUGAGAAUCUUUGGCAUUUUAAAUGACCAGGGAAAUGAGUCCAGCUUUGUCUUGGUAACAGACAAAAAAGAAAAGUAUCACCAAGACAGGUGAAGGGCCAACCCUUCAGCAGUCUUAGUUGAUGCCACAAAGAAGGUUCAGGGCACUCGCAGUUUCUAGGAUGAUGUCACUUGACUUUUUGGAGAAGGAUGAUGUUUGUGAAAUCACCAGCAACUCACUUGGAUCUUCACCAUAUUUGGCUUCUGGCUUCUGGUAUUUUCUAAGUAAACCAAACAAAUCAGUAUAUGGAUAUGGGAAAAUUUACCAUCAGCUCUCCAGACGGCUUCCUUGAUGGGGACUUGUGGUGAGUUUUAGUUGGACUGAAGCCCAGAAGUACUGGGAGAGUCAAAGCUUCUGUUGUAAACUGUCUGCAUUUUGUACCCCAGGCUAUCUCAGAAAGUCAUGCUACGUGAGCUGCUCUCCAAGUUGUUGAUACCUAACAGUGGAGAAAAGUCAUGAAAUUCAGGCAGCUGGGUUAACCAAAUCAUUUGCAGAAAAUUCAUCUUCCCAGAUCCCCACCCUGCCCAUCUCCCAUAAUGCAUCAGUCUUCAGAAACCAAUCAAAUGGUGGAGCAAAGCAGGAAUCUGCAAAACAGAGAUAGAAAAGUUUCUGUGAUGAAGGAAUUUUGAAGAGCAAAUCAAGAUGUUUGAAUGUUGUGAGGUAAGACAUGUCACCUUACAUGUGCCAUGUAACUUUUAUUAUUCAAAAUUUUUAUAUAAUGUGUGAGAAGCCCAGAUCACCCUGCUUUGCCCCCAAGAUUAUAGUGGUAACUUGUCCAGCAACCACAGCUGACAGACUUCUGCAGCUACUUUCUCAUGCAACCUAUCUGCAGCCUGAUGAGUGGAACCAAGUUUGGGAAAUAAAGCCCACCUUUUCCAGAGGAGAGCGUCUUUAAUUUAUAUUUCAAGAGGUUUUGCUCCUUAUACAGGACAAUGUACUUAUACCGGGAGCGGUGAAAUGCUCUACCUUAAUGUACGCCUAAACCAACUUAAUCAGUCUUUCCUGUCCCAGGGAGGAUGCGGCAAAGUGGGGAAGUGGGGCAUGGUAAGAAAUCUAUAGCAUCACUUUUGCGGUGAAGGCAUCCCACGAACCUGGUUCAAAAACCUGGUGUGGAGAGAGGAGGAAAUUACUCGUUCCCAUGCAUGCGGAGAGGAAUCGAGACCAGCAAGUGAAUGCUCCUCAGACUGAAAGUUUAGAAUCAAGUGUAUGCCAAGUAGAGUUUCUCUCCCACCCUUUUGCCUCCUGAUAGCUGGCAUAAGAUCAUGUUGGCAUAUGUAGAAAGCUGAGAAAGAGGGCAUCCUAUUCCACUGUGGUGUCAUGAUGACUUCAUCUUUCUUACGAAUUUCAUUACCUAUGUCAUGAUGCUCCUUAGUAACAUAACAGGGCCAAGACCUGGUGGGUGUUGGAGCAUCUGAUCCCCCUGAGAUGACUCUUCCUUCUCUGGUGCUAUGCUCAGAUUCAUCGUGGGGCACAAUGGAAAGAAGAUUCAUAGGACCCUAAAGGCAUGGGUAGAAAUUUACUUAAUUGCAACCACAAAGCUCUUGUGUUUAAUAUUAAAUAUUAAAGUGGAAAUGAAAAAGGCAACCCUCCAGCACAGCUGCCCACAGUACAGAUCGGGGAAGCAUUAUGGGAAAAGGUUUAGGAAGCAAGUCAAACUAAAAGUAUAUACAGAAUCAGGGUAGCUUCAUGUUCUGAGGGUAUUACAGCUGGCAUGGAUGCUUCCUAUGCAAAGACAGGGAGAAGUCGAUGUUGGAGCCUGGGACUCUCUCCUUGGAGCAGUGUCCACAUGAACCUAGACCCCUUGCUCCUGACCUUAAGGAUAGAAUGUAAUUCCUCUCAUAAUGUAGAUUGAUUUCUUCCUAAGCCAGGCUUGCCCCCGGUCGUUGACCCCUGGAAUAACUCAUAACCUUUCCGUGGUCUCUUGGCCUUGGUCACUUCUAUUAAAGAACAAUCCUUAAAGCCUGUUUGGGUAGGCCGGUGGGAUGAAGUCAACCUGGGUGAAGGUGGGAAAUGGGCAGUGAGCUUCAACCCUGAGAAGAGAAGCCUCCCAGGAGCACGUACAUGCCCACUAACCUCUAAUCUAGUCGGAAAGUCAGAGAGCCUUUGUGGAUGUGCGGUUCUUUCUUUCAAUGAAACAAGGCAGAGCAUUCAUAUUCUCUCCAUCCGCUGCUGGUUUUCUGAGAUGCUAAAUCUGCUUCUCUCCCCAGCAAGAGAAAUCAGACCAAGAACAAAAGCCCACCCUUCUCAGACAGCUGUGACAGUCUUCUUUCUGUGUGUCGGCUUCUUUUCUCACUCUCACGUGAUGAGGAAAUCUUCGGGAUCAUCUCCCAUCAAACAAACCAGCAUAGUACGAUACAGAAAUUCGCAAAAAAUGAGUAGUAUUAGCAUAUUUCAUUUAAUCCCAGUGGUCUUUGGGGAAUCGCAUUCUGUUUGUAAUCCAUCUCUCCUCUGAGAUCCUUUCCUCCCCUAGAAGCCAUGCUUACAAUAGGAAUUUCACUGCUUCACUGUUGACAAAAGGAAUGAGAGCUAUGUUAGGAAACUGACCCAAAAUGCUUAUUUUUAUAGCCAUUGAAAAGUGGGUUUUCUAUUGACAACAGCUCUUCCAGUUCUUCCCAUAGAAAUCCUUCUUGACCUCUCUGUCUCUUGCCGUAUCUCCCGAUUCAACUUCUUGAUUUGGGUUCCCUCUCUACUAUGUUCUCCUAUUAUAGAAGAAUGUGCCCCUUCCAAUAGAUUCUUAUUUAAACAGGUUGCCCAGAAGAAGAUCUGAGAAUUAAUUUCUCUUUUGUUUUUCUUGUCCUUCUUUAAUUUGGAAAGAAGGAGUUAGAAAAAAAAAUAGUAAGCAAGAAAGAAAGCAAGGCCUUGUCCUCAGAGGCUUCAACUCAAAGUCAAGUGCCAGGAAAGUGAGCGCCCCCAAGUCCCAAGUGAGAGCCGAGGAUCUGCUGAAGGAAGGGACAUGCUGCAGAAUAUUAAGCAGCCACUGAGCAGGUACACAUGGGCUUUGGUCAAGAUGAUGUCUGCGUACAGGGAGACUUUAAUCUCUCACCCUAGCUCUCCUCCCCACAUCCCUCUUUUUUUCUGUCAUUUCAAGGCACAAGAUCCAUGCUUGGAGAAUGUUUUCGUUUGAACACACCGAUAGUGUUACACUCUCCCCAGCUCUCCUGUGCCUUAGGUACAGAGAAAACCAGUGCCUCUAAGUCUCCCAGCCAAUGAGUUGCUGCUUGUCAGUUCUGAAUUGUUCAUAGCACGUGCUAUUCAAAUGAGAGAAAACUCAAGUGGGAAGUAGAUUCAGUGAGAAGAAGACCAGCGCAUGGUUCUGAAAUAAUGUUCUUCACCAAGCUAAGCCAAAUUCCAGGAGUAAAAGAAAGGGGUUUAGAGCACAGGAGAGGAUAAUGUUCAAAUAGAUCAUAAUGUUCAAGAUGCUCUGAUUAUUCUCCCUAAAACUGUUGUCCAUUACCCCCACGAGCUCUCGUGGAAGGAGAAGCUGGCUGCCACUGAUUGCUCAGAGACAGCUGGAUUCACUUUAGAAACAGGCACAGGCUUUCUUGCAGGAAGGUACUAGCCUCAGCUCGACAAGAACUCAUCUCUAGACCUUAGGGCAGUUCCUCGCUGACCAUCUCCAUUCUCCAGUCUAGAACAUUCUGAACAGAAGAGUUUCAUGCUCAUUGUGAUGGCAUUUACUCAAUUUGGGAGGCCAAAGGGCACAGAAGAGAAGAGAAUAUAUCAAGAGAAUGGAGUUAGUGUAAGCUUUGUUAUUUCUUCAUCUUCUUCAAUUUCAGCAUGGCUUGACAUCACAAAGUUAGGUCACCUUUGAGAGAGAAAAAUCUUUUAAAUAAAAUUAUAUCUUCCCAUCCUGGUGAAAACACCGAGUUUUCUAAUCUGAUUAUUGUUUACUCCAGGAAUGAAAUUGGUAGAUUCAAUUACAAACAGGCAUUUUGAAGAAUUGCUUUAAUCCUGAUUCUUACACGUAUUACCAUGGAAUUUACCGACUCAGACAUGAUCCUUUAAGCUAUAAAACCUCAUUAAAGGGAAAUAGAUCAUGUGUUAUGAACCAACGUGGUUAAAAGCAUGAAGUAAGCCUCCCAAAAUUCAGUCCAUCAAUUCCUCUAUAGCAGAAGGAAGUUGUGAGCCCAGGAGAGUAGGUGACUAAGGAGGAACAACGGGGGAAAGGAACAAUGGGCAUAGAGAAAUGGUUAACAAGGCUUGGGGUCAUUUUUUGAUUAUUAAAAAUAAUAAUAAACCCAAAGUCAAUUUUCAGAUCCAAAAUGAGCUCCACAUUUGCCAAUUCAAUGUUCGCUUAUAUAACAAAUAUCCAGGGUCUAAAGUUUAUUUAUGAUCUUUGAAGAGGGAUUGUGGUGAUUUUUUUUCUGUUUUAUUUUACUUUUUAUUGGAAUUGCAUUUGGAAAACAUUUGUCUGCAGUUCUUGGGUAUGUUUAUUCUUGCAAGGUUGUUUAUCGGAUGGAAAACCUGUGCCAGGGCAGUCUAGGUGCUGGGAGUCAGUGCCUCGCACGGGAGGUUCAUGUGUCACUGAGGGACUGAGAGGAAACUUUUCACACGCUAUAGUAACUUUAAGAUUGAUAUAUAUGCAUACUAUAUAUGUAUAUAUAAUAUAUAUGUGUGUGUAUACAUUAGCUUUAUGGAUGCUCGCCAAACACCUAGGUGAAAAGUAGGUUAGGUAACUAGAUAUCCGAGCUUGAAGUUGAGGGCCCAGGGAGGAAUUUUUUUUAAUAGCCCAUUUGGGGAUGACCAGGAUGAUCCAGUAGAGAAAGGAAGUUGAUGGGGCUUGGAAAGAGAAGCUGGUGGCAGGAGAGAUGCCAACGAGGAGUCGGAGGACAUGGAAUCCGAAGCACAAACAGGAGGAUCCAUGUAGCGGCUGCUGCUGCUUUAUAAUAGAGAGACCGAGGUGUUGGGCACAGAUGCAAGUAGGUAGCCAGAGCUGGGACCAUGUCUGUGUUGAUGGAGAUUAUUCAGUGAAAAACCAAGGGAGCUCACCAGCUAAGAGUGGUAAUAACUCAAGACUGUUUCAGUGAUCGAGCCAGGCAGAGGAGAAGAGCUGGUUGUCCCUGAUGUAUGUCCUGCUGGAUUUGAUCACUCUAUCUGGUUUUAUGUGGAAGAGAGUUGAAAUAGUCCGGAAGUGACUGUGAGGAACAACUGAGCCGCCUCUGGGCUGGUGCCAUGACAAACGUGUGACUGGAACGCCUGCUGCUCAGUAGGGCCGCUGGAAUCUCAAGGAUGACAGGACAGUGACAGAAAUCGCCAGCAUGUGUGACAAGGACCGUGGAUUCACAGGAAGGAGUUAACGAGAGAUGGAGGACGGGCUGCUGCAGUAGGAGGCAGGCUUGCUCGUCUGCGAUGGAGGUGAGAGCAGCUCUCCUGAGCCUGGCUUACCUGUAGUUAGGGCUGGUGCUGAGAGUCUUUAUCAGACUGCAGUGACAAGGCCUGGCAGCAGCAUGUGGCACUCUGGUGGUUCAUCAGUACCCAUCCACCCCACCCCACCUUUUCACUUCCACUGUCAAAUUCGACUUUUGUUUACUUACUUGCUUGGAGACAAAUUUCAGUCCUCCUGCCUCAGCCUCCUCAGUACGGGGAUUGCAGGCAUCUACAUCCCAUCCUGGUUUGGCUCUGUAUGGUUUCUUAGGUGUCAUUAGCUGCACCCCUGGAUAGAAACAGCAUCGUAACUCUUACCUCCCGAUGACCGCAUUUCACCAUAAAUCUUGCCCUUUCUGCUUUAAAAGCUUCCAACUAAGAUGCUCUCCCUGGGGAAAUUCGGAAUUCUUUGUUCUUAUUUAUCUUACCCUUUGUUCGUCUUUUGAAAGAAAUCUAGAAGAACAGCAAACAGCUUUGCUUCCAUCCAAUCCUAGCAAAUGACAACAGUUUCCCCUGACUGAGCGUUUUUACCCAGCAUUUUCUUUUAUAAGAGAGAACAAUGGGCCAGGAGCAUCAGGAAAUGAUUGGGCAUCUUUAGCCACUUCAGAGGGAGGAACGUUUUGGAUGAUUAAGAUAGGGUUAGAGAAGAAAGAUUUAGAGGGACUGCACAGGGAAAAGAGGGGGGGGGGGUACUUUGAAGAUAACACUGGGAAAAUAUUAAAAAUUUGACCAAAGGAGCUGACAGGGCGUGGGGGUGGGGAACCCACUGCGUAGCAUCUGGGGAUGUAGCAAGCAUAAACGGGACCCUGCCUUCUGCACAACAUUCCACCUAUCUGACACCAAUUAUAGACUGCUGUGAUUUCAUUUCUGGGCCUAUAGGAAAUCAGAAUUUGAGGAGACAGUGGGCGUUUCUACUGAGCUAGUUCUCCUGACCCUACAGAAUCUUGAGCAGGCGGCAGGUGAGACCAUAACUGCCGUGGCCAAUUCAGUUUCCCUUUCCACCAGAAACACGCACCCUCCAGCUCUGGCUUAUCCUCCCUGCCGUUCCUCUCAGAGAUUAGCUGCUGUUCACCCAGGCUCAUCUAAUGCCUGUCUUCAGUUCUGCCUUGGAAGAGCAUUACAGCCAACUCAAGGGCUUAGUCCAUGCUGUCUGCACCAGUGCUCCCUACAGGGGGUGUGUCCUGCCCAGCAGGAACCCAGCCUUUCAGAAGUCAAAGGGGCACAGCAUGGCUUCCAUCUACCCAAGUUCCCUGCUUCUGAUCAUCACACCAACAUAACUGGGUAUGACUAUGUAAGAAUCUGUGGAAAAUGGCGAGAGAGGUGAACUAAAGGAGACGGGAUCUUAAGUAGGAGGUUUGUGACCCAAGGGCCACCCCAGCAUUCAUACCUUAGAGUAGCCGUGACAUUUGUGGAAACAUGUCCAGGGAGCUAGCUGGAAUGUUAGCAUGGGGCCAGAGAAGACGCAGGCGAGGGCAAUGAACUCUUCUUACCUGUAGGGGAAAAAUCUCUUCUCUUCCAGUGCUGUAACAGUGUCGUAAGUACACGUAGCCACAAUGACAGAAGCAUGUCCGUGUGUGCCUGCGGGUGUGCGUGGGAGUCUGAGUGGGAGUGUGAAGGGGUGAAACACUGGACACGUGAACAGCGGCUUGGGCUGCAGCCACAGAACCACACCUCUCCCAGAGUCAUUCUGGCUGGGGUAAUGGUCUUAGCUUCCCUGGUUUGGUGUCCCCUGCGCAGGGAGAGCCCUCAGGCUUGCCUGGACUCGGUGAGGCCAGAUCCCACGUUCCUCCCCUGGGCCAGCUCUCCUUCCUCUUGACUCUCAGAUCCCCAAUCCCAUUCACUUCCAAGUUCUUUUAGGUUGUUUGUUUUGUUUUUGUUUUCUGUAAAUAUCGAUUUCUUACUUUGGACAUGCAGGGAUCAAUUGAGAUUCUGGAGUGGGGGGAGGGGCGGAUGACUGGGUCUUUUAAUUUUUUUUUCUUUCUCUCUUGGAUUUUGGUGUUUGAACUUGAAAAAAAAUACUUACAAGUAUAUAUAUAAGCAAAUGACUUACCUUUAACAAACAAAAUAAGUUGAUUUCAUUCUUUUGUUUUAUCUUGUUUCUCAUUGGGGUAGGGUGGGGGUGGGGGGUCUUUUGGGUGGAGGGCUUUUUUGUGAGCUGUAUAGAUUUCCAGUUUGGACUUGUUCAAAUGAUACAGGAACAAAAAUUAAAAUGAAUUAAAAAAAAAGACAACAUAAAAACAAGAAAAACCUUUGUGAUGUAUAAAAGUUGUACAUAGUCAAAGAUCCUUUCUCUUUUCUAAUGGCAAAUUAUUUCUGUCACUUUAUAUUCAAAAAAUAAAGAAACCUACCACAAAUUA